AUGUCCAAUAAGCUGUGGGCAAUUGCCGACAUCCAUUUAUCCUUCAAGAGCAACAAGGAGGAAUGGGAGAAACUGCAAGCCAAAGGUGCCGAUGACGGCCUGAUCCUGGCCGGCGAUGUCGGCGAAUCGAUCAAAACGCUCAAUGAAGCAUUCGAAAUCGCCAAGCGCCAUUUCAAACAUGUCUUCUGGGUGCCUGGUAACCAUGAACUAUACACCUCCGCCACCGCGCCCGAAGAGGAGAUGCACCUCCGCGGCGAGGCCAAGUAUAUGGCGUGCGUCUCCGCGGCCAAGCGCCACGGCAUCCUGACCCCCGAGGACGACUUCAUGACCUGGAUCUAUGAGAACGAGGAUGGCAUGCAGGCUGGCGCGGUCAUCUGUCCCGUCUUCACCCUCUACGAUUACAGCUUCCGCCCCGAUCACGUGAGUCGCGAGGCUGCUUUGGACUGGGCGAUGGAGGAGGGCAUCAAGGCGAGCGAUGAGAGCUUGCUGUAUCCCACCCCGUACGCCUCACGAGACGAGUGGUGCCAUCGCCUGGUGUCCCAGAGCGAGUCCAAACUGCAGCACACCAUCUUCAUCCCCAAAGUCCCCCGCUUCACCCUGUGGUGUGGCACCAAGAAGACCGAGAACUGGCACAAGAAGUACCACGCCAAAGUCGUCGUGACCGGGCAUCUACAUGUUCGCAGAACCGACUGGAUCGAUGGCGUGCGCUUUGAGGAAGUGAGCCUCGGCUACCCGCGACAAUGGAAGGAGGCCAAAGAUGCUGGCCGAGACGUCAACUCGCUCAUGCGAGAAAUUCUGCCCGGUCCACACCCGCCGACCCCUGGCAUGGAACCUCCAACUGCCUGGAGAAGAUUGGGCGACAACAACCAUUUAUGA